AUGCUCUCGACGCCGGCGAACGGAUCCCCCCCUCCGACAACAACUAUUUUUCCCUCUGGACGACCUCCGGACACAUCUCCGCCAGGGGGAGCCACAGCAACGACACAAAAUUCUCAGGAGAUGUCGGCAGAAACCAACUCGAAUGCGAUGAUGGUCGAUACCACCCCCUCAAAUCAACCUGACAUAAGGCCGCCGCUGACGAACAAUCAACAACCCUUCUCCUAUGCGAAGGCCGUUGCAGGGCUUCCUAUCGUGCCAGUCCAGCAGACAGGAUCCACUUUGUGGACCCCCGUUGGUGAACACGACCUGAUUCCGGGUGAGCGCAACGGUGAGCUAGCACUCAAUAUCUCGAGUAAUUUCAAGAACCGGAUCUGCGACCCCUGGAAGCGUACGCUGGUGGUUCGACUCCUUGGACUGAAGGUGGGCUUCAAUACUCUUUGCAACCGCUUACGUGCGCUGUGGAGACCAGUUGGGCAUAUGGAAGUGUUAGAUUUAGAUCGUGACUGCUUCUUGGUCAAGCUGGGUAACGAGCAGGAUUACUUUAAGGCUCUCACGGAUGGUCCGUGGAUGAUUUUCGAUCACUACUUAGUGGUGCAGCAAUGGACACCAGCCUUCAAGGUCUCCGAUCCUCUUCCCAAAACCAUGAUCGUAUGGGUUCAGUUACCAGCACUCAAGAUUCACUUCUACCACAAGGAGGUACUGACUUUUUUGGGCAACUUGAUCGGACGCACAAUUAAGCUUGAUUACCACACACUGAACCUUCAAAGAGCAAAGUUCGCGAGGAUAGCGGUUGAAGUGGAUCUGUCCAAGCAUCUGGUUCCAAGAAUAUGGUUGGAUGACGCUUGGCAGAAAGUGGAGUAUGAAAACUUGCCAACAGUUUGUUUCGAGUGUGGGAAGAUCGGCCACACUUCGGCCUCGUGUCCUUCUCUCCGAACAGCGGUCACCGUUCUGCCUGCCACACAACCACCUUCCGGCGAACCGUUGGCAUCCCCCACCGAUGUGCUCUCGGAGCCAAAUUCCGGAUUUGGGCCGUGGAUGGUGGUCUCGCGCAAAUCCAGGCGGAACAACAAGGAAAGCCUGAAAAAAGGAAAGAAUGGAAUGGAUCACUCAAAUCAGAAUCACAGCAGUCAAGGCCUGAUGGGGAAAGAGAGCAUCCCACGCAAGGAAGAUGCAGAUAAUCCAAUUGAGCCCCAGCAGCCCAAAAACGAACACCACGCCUUCAACUGA